AUAUCAAUUUUGAACGAGGACCCAUUGGAAAGAGCACCAACUAAUGUACCCGAAUUUUAAUUGAUAAAACCGCAAUGGAUUUAUUUACUGAUAUAUGGGGUAUAGUUAUCGGUUGGUUAGAAAGCACAUUUACGACAUGGGCUGGCAUAUCAUUUUCCAGCAUUUUUGGUCAAGUGCCACAGCAUUAUUUGUUUUUAAUUUAUCAUUUCUUACUCCUCGUAAUGAUAGCCAUUGCGACGUCUAUGUUUAUCGCUUUCAUUUGGCAAAACAAGAUGAAAGGCAUGUCGAAAGAUUUGAACAGAUUGAGGCGUGUUCUUCUAGUCACAGCGCAUCCGGAUGACGAGUGUAUGUUUUUUGGACCUACAGUGCUUCAGUUGUUGAAAACCUCGAAUCUAUACCUGGUUUGCCUCAGCUCUGGGGAUUACUACGGAGAAGGCCACGUAAGGAGGGAGGAGCUCUGGGCUAGCUGUGCGACACUGGGGAUCAAUCCCAACAACAUCCAACUCUACCAUCAUGACGCACUUUUGGACGAUCCUAUCGGAGAAUGGAACGACAUAUUAAUAGCGAAUAUUAUUUUAUCUCAAAUUGAGACACUAGCCAUCGACAUGGUGAUAUCAUUCGAUGGAAGCGGUGUCAGUGGACAUAAAAAUCAUAUAUCCAUUUAUAAAGGUUUAGAAUAUCUAAGGACAAAUAACAUGUUGCCAAAUGACUGUGAAUGCUAUGCUCUAAAUACAGUCAGCAUAUUGAGGAAAUUCUUUGGUGUCAUGAACAUUUUGUUUGACAUUUCGUUUUCUUCUUAUGUACUAACCUGUUCUUACAAAGAGCAACAAAUCAUAAAAUUGGCCAUGUCUAAACACGCAUCACAAUAUAUUUGGUUCAGAAAAGUGUUUAUGUUCUUCUCACGCUACACGUACAUUAACAGCUUCACCCGUACAAGUUGACAUUAAAUAACGUAGCUCUUGUACAUUCAAAGAAGACAAAAUAAUUCUGGUGAACCAAUGCUUCCAUCAUCCUCAGUUUAACGCGUUCUUUGAUAAAACCUUUAAUAAAAUUGGUCUUUCCAUUUUGUACACAAUUUUUAUUAUGUACUGAUUUGUUUUUAUGAUGUACUUUUCUACCUCUUUGUAAUUCUUCCAUUGAAUGAUUUUUCCUAAAUGUAACAUGUAUUAAAGAUAACAUUUUAACCUUUU